GUUUUCGUUUUGUGAUUGGGGGGGAGUGACUGAGGAAAAUCAUUUAUCUGCUCCUCGCAUCGUGUUGCAAAGCGUCUUGUGUGUGUGUGUUGUGUGUGCGUGGUGUGAGCGUGUUUGGAGUUAGAGCCAGUUCAAAAAUGAAGAGAAGCAAGAAAGAAUAUGGAGCUGCUGAGGGAGAGAACGGUUCAGCUAAGAAAGCCAAGCCAGCAAAAGAGCCUGAAGCCCCGAUCCUGUACGACGACCCUCCAGACAAACUGAGCAGCACAGACGGGAGAGAGGCCAACCUGAAGAUCACCUCCUGGAAUGUGGACGGGCUCCGGGCCUGGGUCAAGAAGAAGGGGCUUGAUUGGGUACGUGAGGAGUCCCCAGACAUCCUGUGCCUUCAGGAGACCAAAUGUGCACAGAAGGACCUGCCCAAAGACAUCUUGUCAAUGGAGGAAUAUCCACACAAAUACUGGGCCACAUCAGAGGAGAACACGGGCUACAGUGGGGUGGCCAUGCUCUGCAAGAAUGAACCUAUUAAAGUCACAUACGGCAUCGGCAAAGAAGAGCACGACAAAGAGGGGAGGGUCAUCACUGCAGAGUUCCCAAACUACUUCCUGGUUACCGCUUACGUCCCGAACGCCGGAAAAGGAUUGGUCCGUCUCGAUUACCGCAAAAUCUGGGACGAAGACUUCAAGGCUUACCUCAGCGACCUGGACAAGCAAAAACCACUGAUCUUGUGUGGAGAUCUCAAUGUCGCACACCAAGAAAUUGACAUAAAAAAUCCAAAAGGAAAUAAGAAAAAUGCAGGUUUCACACCAGAGGAGAGAGAAGGGUUUAGCCAGUUGUUAGCAGCCGGGUUUGUUGAUAGUUUUCGAGAGUUGUACCCAGAACAGCAAUAUGCAUACACAUUUUGGACCUAUAUGAUGAAUGCUAGGGGUAAAAAUGUCGGAUGGCGAUUGGAUUAUUUUGUGUUGUCAUCUGUGUUACUGCCAAAUCUGUGUGACAGCAAGAUACGAAGCAAGGCUAUGGGAAGUGAUCACUGCCCUAUUACUCUGCAUUUAGCCAUUUAGGUUAGCGCAAACAACCAGUUUUCUUAGUGUUUGGGUCUUGUAAGUUCAGAAAGUUUAGCUAAAUGUUACGUAUACUGUAGCUCAGACAUAGGAAAACUACGGCCCAGGGGCCACACAUGGCCUUUUGGGCGGAUUAAUCCGGCCCGUCGAAUGUGACCAAAUUAUAUUAAAAUAGAACAACAUUUAACCUUACCCAAGUUUUUCUGCUGUGUGUAUUUAACUGAAAUUUAAUAAAUUGCAUUUGGAAAACAAUUUGUACAAUGAGCCUUGCAUAUUCAUGAUUUGGCACAUGUAAAAAAAAAUCUCUAAUGUAAUAUAUACAUAUAUAUAUCCUGGCCCGGCCCCUGUCAAAUUUUAGAGCCCACUGGCCCGUGGGUCAAAAAUUUUGCCCACCCCUGCUCUAGCUGAGUUGGCAGCAUACUGAAAUAAGUUUUGUUUUACAUUUUUACACCUAGUAUCACAAUCCAUAUAAUACAAAUAUAUGGAUUUUCAAGUGCCAAAAGUACUUGACCAAGACUAUACUGAGGCUAGAAUUGAAUUAGGACUAAACUAGGACAAGCGCUACUUUUUUAAAGAUGCAUUAUGUAACUUUUUUGGUGGAGGAUGGGUCACCAGCUUGUCGCCAUGGAGCUGCUACUGCUUUGCCUGCAAAGUUCCACAGUAUAUGGUAUUAACUUAUCUAGCUUGCAUUUAUAAGAGAUAUUUUAUUGCUCAAAAAUACCUUGAAAAACAUGUGAGUGAGGUCUGUUGCUGUCACCUGCUGUCUCCAUGGAGAUGCUUAAGUAUGGUAUGCCAUACUCUGGAACAUUUCAGGCAACACAACAAUGAUAAUCUCCAUGUGGAGAAGGUGGUGCUACGUGGUGUAUCUUUACCAAAACAGUAAAAUAAGAUAUCAUGAUGCCAACAAAAGUCUAGAACCACAAAAUAACUUGACUAUUGGUACCUAUAUCAAUAUUUGAGAACCAAAGACCAGAUAUUUACUAUUUUAUUUUUACUGUAAAUGUGACAUGCUUACAUUCUGAUUAUGCAGUUUCAAAGCCUUUUUUUGGACCAUCAUUGAUGUCAUUUAUGUUACUUAAUUACACAUUUAAAACUGGAUUUUGGGCAUACAUUUCUUAACUUUGUAAAGUAUUAAUACAUUUGGGCUUAACUUUUUAAAACACAAGAUCCAUUUUAAACAUCUUUGAAUGAUGUAACUUUCUCAACUCAAAAUGAAAAAAAAAAGUCUAAAUGGUGCAUUUGGUCUAUAUACUACUAUACUCAAGUCUAAAAAAAUGUGAUUUCAAUUUUUUUUGUUACGCCAAGUUGCUAUCCUCUCCUGUUUCAAAGUUCAUGUUGUCUCUGUAGAAAAAAAAAGAAGACUUUUUGAUAC